AUGGCCGACGGGCACGGCUGGUGGAAGCUGACGUUCCUGCGGAAGCGCCAGGCAGCGCCCACGGUGCUGUACGAGAGCCCCGACGGGCACGGGGCGCCGGGCGGGGACAGCGCGGAGGGGACGGGCCCGGAGGGAACACCCGGCUACGCCGCCCGCCUGGAGAAGAUCGUGGACAAGAGCACCAAGGGCAAGCACGUUAAGGUUUCGCACUCCGGGCGCUUCAAAGAGAAGAAGAAAGUGAGGGCGACGCUGGCCGAGCAUCCCAACCUGUGCGGGGCCGGCGAGCUCGAGGAGAAGUGACCCCUGCGGAUUUUUGGAAUUUCCUCUGUGGGAUAAAUCCGGGAGCCUGCAGGACUGACCCCGGGGCAGAGCGGGGCCGGAGCUCCCCGUCCCUCCCGCUCCCCAGUGCCGACUGGUUCGUACUGGGAUGAGGACACUCCCCCCCAUGGCCCACCUGGCUCUGUCCCAACCCCAUUCCCAAUCCUCUCCUCCCGUCACUUUUGGUCACUUUUUGUGCCCCAAUCCCGAGGGGCGCCGAUGCUAAGUCACCUCCGAGAGGGGAUGCGACACUUCCCUAUCCCGAGGGAACGACCCUGCGGGACAAAUCCCCCUCGUGGGGACCGCGGGGCGAGCCCAGGAGGAGCCGCAUUCCCCAGGGAAUCGCUCC